CUGCUAUGUGGAUAUUUGUUAGCAAUGACUGAUGUGGAAACUACAUAUGCAGAUUUUAUUGCUUCUGGAAGAACAGGUAGAAGAAAUGCAAUACAUGACAUCUUGGUUUCCUCAGCAAGUGGCAACAGCAAUGAAUUAGCCUUGAAAUUAGCAGGUCUUGAUAUCAACAAGGCAGAAGGUGAAGAAGAUGCACAGCGAAAUUCAACAGAACAAAGUGGGGAAGCCCAGGGGGAAGCAGCAAAGUCUGAAAGCUAACAGCCCACUCUGACCUUCAACACCUGACAAUGUCUCAAAUCUCCAUGCGUGGCUGGGUUGCAUUUGUUUCCAUGAGUGAAAAGGGGAAAAAGAAAAUGGCUGUGCUGCAUUGCACAAACCUGCUCAUGAUCAUGUUAAAAAUGGGGGCAGAGGCUGUGGUUGCAGACAGACUUUUCUCUACCUCUGUCAUUAGCAAUGGUUGAAAUCAUGUGGUGUGUGUUUGGACGUCAUUUCUGUAUGGAUCCUUUCACUUGACCAUAUGAUGAAAUGCUUGUAGAGAGUAGCACCGAUCUAGAUGAUGAUUCUUCCUGUAGCAUCUGGCCCCUCACAAUGUCAGAGGAUUUAAUUGUGUCUAAUUGCAGAUGGUUGGUUGGAUCCCAGAGUUUAAAUAUCUCUGGCUCAAGUAUUCACCAGUAAAAGAACCAUCCAGAACGCACUGUUUUUAGCAUUAUGUAUCCGUGUGUUACUGCUGUGUUAUUUACACUGUUUUGAAUUGUACACUAUAGAUGCUCAGCACUGCCCCCUUCUUUGAUUGCUUAUAAAAAACAAAAAUGAUGUACAUUACUGUGAAUUUUUAUACCACUCAUUUUUAAAAGGGCUGCCUUUUUUUUAUUUUCCAUGGUGUGGUGGUGUGCACAGGAUAGAACAUACUUUUUAAAAAUGCAAUCUUUCCCCUUGAUCAUUGUACAUUGAUGAAUUUAUAAAGUCUAACAGAUUCAACAAGACUCCUUUGCUUUAAUAUAUUUGAAAAUGUCCAUGAAUGUGAAUAUUGCCUGAAUUCAGUCUGUGUAGUCUUUGCACAAACCAGAAUUCAGUCUGUCAACUUUGUCAUAUUCCUAAGUGGAGAACCCCUCCCAACAAAUAUUUUCAUUUUUAAUUAUAAGAAUAUUGGACAAUUAGGUGGGUAAACCAAGAAAAUACUAAGGACUGGUAAUAUUCUGUUCUAUGGAAUCAAAUUUCUUACAAUGCUGUAUGCUAUAAUUUAAAUUUGAAAGACAAUUUAUAUCCACCAGGCUAAAUAAGAUAGCUUUCUCUUCACAAUCAUGUGGACACCAAUCACAAAAAUGAGGCCCUCAUGUUGUGUUUUUCAUGUCUUUUUACAGCCCUAUCAAACCCAAAUGUUAUUAUGCACUUUUUAAUGUUUGUAAACUUUUACUAAUAAUUAGUGUAAAUUGCAUUCUGGUAUGAUAAUUAUCAUCAUUAGAAGCUAAGAAAAUCCUCAUUAAUACUGUUGAUGGCCUCUGCUGUGUUUUGAUAUCACGGUUCUUAUAUAGAAAGUUUCUGUGAGCUGUGCAAUCCCUCUGGUCAGUAUUAUGAAAUCAUUUGUAAGUGGUAAUAAAUAAGGAACCAGUAAUAUGUCAAUGGUUCAUGAAUUACUAGACAAAUACAGACAAUAGGACAUCCCUUUACAAUAAGAAGCCCACUUAGCUGUCCUGGAGGGCUAGAAAUUCUAGGUAAAGUAGGCAGAGCCACAUUUCAAUAGGUAACCUAAUCUGUGGUUAUGUCAGGAAUUUAGCCAUUCUUCUUAGCUACAUUCAAGAUCAAAGGUAAGUCUGCUCACAUGAACUCUUACAGUACUUUCCAAGUGACUAGGAUAAAGGCAUGGGUAUCAUAUGGUCCUCAAUCAGAUGUUACUAGAAAAAAAAAAUUAAUAAUAUGAGUCUUUCCAAGAACAAAAAGGGGAAAAAUUAAAUUUUGAGAGUACUUCCUUCUAGCUAACUCACCAGGGGCCAAAAUCCCCAGUUAAAAUGAAAACAAAUCCACUCAUAAGUGUCAAAGGAGGUUCCUGAGGCUAUUUUAAACAAUCUUUAAUAGUCCAUUUUAAAUGUCUAAUGCACAUAAUUAAUUAUCAAUAUCCUUACUAUCCUCAUAGCUUUUUUGUGAAUCUAAAGGUCACUUCUUUUUACAGUUGUAGAACUCCAACAGAUUUCAUGUGAUUUUAUAAAGUUUAGAACCAGUGCUGAGUAUAUGUGGAGGGUUUAUAUUCCUAUGUGAUUACUAUUAUUAAUGCAUGUGGUGUCACACUUGUCUUUGAAUAUAUAAAUAGUGCUAAAUUGUGAAAUCA